CUAAUCUAGUUAAUAAUGUUGUAUACAAAAAUUACGUGGCAAGUCCCUCAAUUCUUUAGCCAAUUUAUUUUAUUUCUUCGGCAAGGCCUGAAAGAAAUUCAUCUAUGUAUUUCAUUCUAGGAAGAUUAUAUAGAUCUACAGGAAUAUUGACACAGGAGGGAGAGACUGUAGAGAAUUCUGAUCUCAGUUGUGGGAGCAUUUGAAAACUGACCAUGCCUGUAAUUUCAGGCUUGAUCUACAUCGUGUAUGGGACCUUUGCUGGUCUUCUGACCGCAUGCGUACUGCUGACACUAAUUUCCAGGAGGCUGAGCGAUCACCAGCUCAGCCUGGGUAACAACCCAACAUUUGUGAAAUUCCAGAGGAAGUAUUUCUUAGCGUACUUCUUAGCGCUAGCAGCAGACUGGCUGCAGGGGCCAUACCUCUAUAAACUCUACAGCUACUAUGGCUUCCUGGAGUCGCAGAUCACGGUGCUAUACGUCUGUGGAUUCGCAGCGAGCGUCGUGUUCGGGAGUCUGACCAGCAGCCUGGCUGAUCGCUUCGGCCGUAAGAAGCUUUGUAUCACCUUCUGUAUAGUGUACUCGGUGUCAUGUUUCAUGAAGCUGUCUCGCAGCUAUGGACUCCUCAUCAUAGGCAGGAUACUGGGAGGGGUGUCCACGUCGCUUCUCUUCACAGCCUUUGAGGCAUGGUACGCGCACGAACACCUGGAGACGCAUGACUUCCCCAAGGAGUGGCUCUCAGUGACCUUCUCAAAGGCAACGGUCUGGAAUGGAGCUCUCGCCGUCGGUGCAGGAAUCGUUGCGAACAUCAUCGCCGGACCCUUCGGCUUGGGUCCCGUUUCCCCUUUCCUUCUAUCAAUCCCGCUGCUCGUCGCUUCGGGAGUGAUCGUCGCUACAUCCUGGAAGGAGAACUACAGCCAGCAACGCGUCAGCUGCUCAAAGACUUGCGGCGAAGGGAUGCGACACAUCGUCAGUAGCCGUAGGAUGAUGCUCAUUGGUGCAAUGCAGUCGCUCUACGAGAGCGUCAUGUACAUCUUCAUCUUCAUCUGGACACCGGUCCUUGACCCCUACGAGCUUCCACUCGGCCUCAUCUUCUCAAACUUCAUGUUGUGCAUCAUGAUCGGAUCCGCCGUUUAUCAAAUCCUCACCACGAUCAGACAUUCGCCCGUUGUCCUAGUCAACGCGGCCAUCAUCGUGGCGCUUGUUUCAACUCUUAUUUGCGUGGGUUCCACGAAGCCUCUCCAGGAGCACCCCACUGUCUCGUACUUUGCGUUCCUCCUCCUGGAGCUCGCUUGUGGGAUCUACUUCCCGGCCAUGGGUUUCCUGCGCAGCAAAAUCCUUCCAGAGUCACACCGCACGGGGACCAUGAACUGGUUUCGCGUGCCGUUGAACUUGAUUGCUUGCAUCAUGCUCAUGGUGCUGCAUGACGAGCCAACCAAAGCUGGCACGAGACAUAUCUUCAUUAUCUGUUCAGCAUUGCUAGUCUUGGCUCUCUGUUGCGGAGUGCAGUUCAGUUCAAUAACAAAGAAUGACUCUGCUCUCAAGGAUGAUGGGGGUGAUAAUGGCGAGAUUGCGUAACCAUAGUAACCACAGGUUUAAACUAGCAUGUGCAAUACUGCCAACUUCAGAUGGUGAUUUGUGCUCACAUGAGUGACAUUCCUGCUCUUCCACUGAAGAACACAUGACAAGAAGAAAUCGUGCGAAGAGAUUAUAAAAAUAAUGUCUUCUUAAUUAUACUGUUUAAUUAAUUAAUUAUACUCUUAUACAAGAAGUGAAAGAAUAUUACACCUACAUGUACGUUGAAUCACCUUGGCCACAUUCAUAAAGUUGAGCUAUAUAUUUUGUUUGUUUUUAUUGGUUCUGAAAUGGGUCAGUGAUGGCAAAAGGUAAAUGUAGAUUACCUGAGAAUUACUACAUUUAUUUCAAACUAAUAUUGCAGUUACAAAUACAAUGGACCAAUGCCGUACAGAUAUGACAUCGGUAAAAUUUACCAGGUACAUAAUUAUUGUAUUGUAAAUGUAAUGGAUUGUAGGAUUACUAAAUGUCAGCCAUUUUGUGGUAUACUAGUUAUAUAACUUGACUCGUUCACUGUUACCAAAUGCAGUUAUGAAGCAUCUCGGCUCUGUUUCAUGAAACUUGUUAUCAAUAACAAGAUACAAUAAUUGUUAUAGGCUACUGAAAUAGUUGGAGUUGAUCGGCUGUGAGAAGAUUUGUCAAUUUUAUGAAACUGGGCUGGGAUUCAAUUCCAUAGUUUGUUUCAGUUAAACUUUAACUUAGUUUUUUGCUAAGCUAGGUAAAACGUCUUAAGCCGUAUCCAGAUCGCAUAAGCUGACUUUACAGCAAAAUACUUGCUGACAAGCAUUGUGACAUCACAUGGUGAAUCAAAAGUAAUGCGCAAUUAACGCGCUGCAAUAAAUGCACGCUAAUAUGAUUGUGCAGGUUAUCAUACUGCGUUAAAAGACCAUAUACCUACCAAUCAAGGCCUCCAAAUAAUUGGCUUAAGUCUGGUAGGGAGCUAUCUUUAAUAUAGGGUAAAAUACUUAGCCAAACGUUUGAACAGAAUACCAAAAUUGACUUUUUGUUUUUGUUUCAUCUAAGCUGUAAACUAAAUACUGAUAUUUAAAUCUUUAGUAUUGGAUUGAAAACCGGCCCUGUAUCUUCAUGUUUAUCAACUGCAUAUAGACCUGGCGCACUAUGACAAUGAAUACCAAUGAUUUGUGCUAUUAAGUAAGAAGGACCUACAGUUUGCUGUAGGGUCAUUCAGUAUAAGAAGAAAGAAAAGGGAGUUUACUAAUCAAUCACAAAAUAUUGAACUUUAUAAAAAAAAAAGUCCGAGUUGUAAAGCAUUAGUAGUAUUAGAAGUACAGUCAAACCUGUCUACAGCAACCGCCCAAGGGAAACACAACAAGUGGUCUUUGUAGACAGGUUCCUUUAGUACCGUACAUGUUUCAUUGAGAAACCAUUUUCAAGGGAAGCUUCAAGCAACAAAUGUGCUUGUUUCUGACAGGUGGUCACUAAAGCAGGUUUGACUGUAGUAGACUUUAUUGGAUAACUUGUUAGCACAAGGCUAACCUGCCACAAGGUCCAGUAUAGAGUGCCUACGGUUUAGCUUCAAAUAAACAUUGGUAAGGGUUUGAAUAACAUAGUUCUUGACUGUAUGAAACUGCUGCAUAUUAUAAAAUCAAAUGUAUUUUUGUUAGAAGGUAAUCCAAGUUGCUGGUGUACAUUUUCUUAUACUUAUAGUCUGCACUUGGAAUAUUAAGUAUGACAUACAUCUACAUGUGUAAUAUGUUGCAUAACUUUAGCUUUUUUUGGUUUCAUCAGUUCAUGUAAAGGUUAGAGUUGCAAUUGGGUCUUGGGUUAUGUUGAGCGUUAGAUUAUUAGGUAUACAGUAGUGCCGAGUCCAGAGUUUGUCUUCUAACAUUCAUGACGUUUGUCAUGCACGUGGGUUUGA